CUCGAGGUAAGGUAUCGUGCGACACCGCAUGCCAAUUGUCUUUUAACGACGUGCAGAUUGAACGAGAGUUUUGUUGGAAAGACAUUCAGUGAACAUUGUCCAAGCAGUAAAUAUGACUGCGCUUUCUGCAAGCGGUGAUGGAAGACGCGCCCACGGGCAAGCUUAUAAGGAUAAAAGCAAACCAACGGAUAUUCGAACCAGUAAUAUCAAUGCUGCGAAAGCGGUCAGUGAUGCUAUUCGAACGAGUCUGGGUCCACGGGGAAUGGAUAAAAUGAUCCAAGCAAGCAAUGGGGAAGUUACCAUUACCAAUGAUGGUGCAACAAUUCUGAAACAAAUGAACGUCAUUCAUCCUGCUGCAAAGAUGUUAGUCGAAUUGUCAAAGGCGCAAGAUGUUGCAGCUGGUGAUGGAACUACUAGCGUAGUUGUGAUCGCAGGAGCACUUUUAGAAGCUGCGGAACGAUUACUGCAGAAAGGAAUUCAUCCGACUUCAAUUAGCGAGUCCUUUCAAAAGGCUGCAACAAAAGCUGUUGAGAUCUUAAAUGACAUGUCAAUUCCUGUUGACUUGUCAGACAAAGAAUCGCUUACUAAUGCAGCAGCAACUGCUCUUAAUUCCAAGGUAGUUUCACAACAGUCAAGUCUCCUUGCAACUUUAGCUGUGAAAGCAGUCUUGAAAGUUACCGAACCUGGCCACGAAGCUUCAGUGGAUUUGAAAGAUAUCAAAGUUAUUAAGAAAUUGGGUGGAACCGUCGAAGACACAGAACUCAUUGAUGGAUUAGUCUUUACUGAGAGAUGUUGCAAUGUUAACGGUCCAAAACGCAUUGAAAAAGCAAAGAUUGGAUUAAUCCAAUUCUGCAUUUCACCUCCAAAAACUGACAUGGAUCACAAUGUCAUUGUAUCAGACUAUGCAGCAAUGGAUCGUGUCUUAAAAGAAGAACGUGCAUACAUAUUAAAUAUCAUCAAGCAGAUCAAGAAAGCGGGCUGCAAUGUUCUGCUGGUGCAAAAGUCCAUCCUUCGUGAUGCCAUCAGUGAUUUGGCUAUUCAUUUCCUCGAUAAGAUCAAGGUCAUGGUGAUCAAAGAUAUAGAAAGGGAAGAUAUCCCUUAUGUGUGCAAGACAUUGAAUUGCCGGCCAAUUGCAUCAUUAGAUCAUUUUGUGGCAGAGAACCUUGUCUGUGCAGAGCUUUGUGAAGAAAGCCAAACUGGUACCUCAAAGUUCAUAAAGAUUACCGGCAUUCAAAAUCCAGGACGCACAGUAGCUGUAUUAGUACGUGGGAGUAACAAACUUGUCCUAGAGGAAGCAGAACGAUCAUUACAUGAUGCACUUUGUGUAAUUAGAUGUUUGGUCAAACAAAAGGCAUUGAUUGCUGGAGGAGGUGCUCCAGAAAUUGAAUUAGCUCUAAAGUUGGCAGCGUAUGCCCAAACCUUGGGCGGCGUAGAUGCUUACUGUGUGAGAGCUUUUGCCAAUGCACUUGAAGUUAUUCCUUCAACCCUGGCAGAAAACGCAGGCUUAAAUCCAAUUGCCACAGUGACCGAGCUUCGCAACAAACAUGCCCAAGGUGAAAAAACAAGUGGCAUAAAUGUACGGAAAGGAUCAGUCACUAACAUUUUGGAAGAGAACGUGGUUCAGCCUCUUUUAGUAUCCAUGAGUGCUAUAACAUUGGCUUCUGAAACUGUGCGCAGCAUAUUGAAAAUUGAUGACAUCGUUAAUACGAAUCAAUAAAUAUUCAACAAUUUUUGCAUUGACCGUUUUUUCCUUUUUCAUCAAUUUGAUACAGUGAGUAAAUCAUGUAUAAUGGUUUACCUAAGUAUUUACUUAAUAAUUUGUGGAGGCUGAGCUUUUUACAAUAUAUUUGGCAAUUGUUAUUAAGAAAUGUCUUAAAGAGCCUCGCUGAAGCUCUUUGUUUUGUGAAGAUUUGAGCAAAACAAAAAGCGCCAUAAUAUAAAGGAACGAAAUAGAAUAAAAUUUGUAUUUCGCUUUCUGUAUUCCAUGCAUUCAUAAUAUUAAAUAAAGAAAUUUAACACAAUGUA